GUGUGUGUCUGUGCGCCUAGAGCUUGGGGCGACGGUUCUGUUCCGCACUUGGUGUUGGUGACUUCUCCUGGGACGCACGGGCUGGGGCGUGUCACAGAAGCCAUGGCGAGUACCGACGACAGCUACAGUGAUGACGACCAAGAAAGUGUCAGUUCCAGCUCAGAUGGGGAGGCAACAAAAAGGAGUUAUCCAAAGCGACAGAAGUACAAGUGCCCCCUGUGCCCCAAGGCAUUGGGCACAGCCCGAGACCUGGGCAUCCACGUGCGCCGUCACGAGCAGUGCAAGCCGUACACCUGCAAGGACUGCGACAAGGCCUUCUGCACACCAUUCGAGCUGGACCAGCACGCCCGCUCGCAUACGCUGGAGCAGCCCUACGAGUGCCACCUGUGUCCGCUCCGGUUCGGGACAGCGUCCGCGCUGCACAACCACCGCGCCACACACCGCACGCCAAACUCAGUGACGUACCGCUGCCGUGUGAGCCCCGCAUGCACCGCGACUUUCCGGCGCGUUGCCACGCGCAGUGCGCACGAGCGGACGCACUGCACCGACUGCGCGUACCGGUGCGAGACGUGCAAACGAGCCUUCCCUCAGAAGUACAACUUGCAGCGCCAUCUGAGGCUGCACGACGGCGACAAGCUCCACUGCUGUCCCACGUGCAAGCGAAUGUUUUACGACAAAAAGCGCCUGGACGUGCACGCCAAGAGCUGUGGUGACUUUCGCAGGUGCGGCAUCUGUGGGAAGGGAUUUCGAGAGGAGGCCCAGUUGGCAGCAGCACGUAGCCAGCCAGCACGAGGACUCGGCGUCCGAGGAGCUGUCGGAAAAAGACCGGGAACUCGUGGUACGUUCCUCCGAGUCGUUGUCCGAGCAGGAACGGGCGGAUGACCAGUUGAGCAGCGAAGUUGAUGGCACCAGUUCACCUGCCCGGCCUAGCGCUGCACCAGAAAGAACGAGGGCUGACUGGUGUGUUCGCCUGCGAUUGCGUCGAAAUAAGAAUGCACCCAAGAACCCUGGGAGGCCCCGUAGGUGUAGCGGCAAGAGUGGUAACUCGCCUUCUCAACAGCCGCGACCUAGCGACACGCCAAUUUCUCCCUUGUUACCACCCGAGCACACCGCUGGGAAACAAGGCAUGGAAGAGGCGAGCGUGGGCACUGGCGAGGCUACAGACACGUGUAAAAGAUGCAGCCCCAUCUAUCAGUGUCCAAAUUGCGAGAGACUAUUUCUUAAGUGGGAUGAUUUGAAGACCCACGCGAUGCUUGAACACGAGCUUGUUCUCUCAUCGUCGACGUUCCAGUUUGUAUGCCACGUCUGUGACAAGACCUUCAAGCAAAACAGCAACUUGAAGACCCACCUGAAAUCGCACGACCGGGUGGUCACGUUUGAGUGUGACAUCUGCGGCCUGGGGUUCACCUUGAAGCAUCACUACAAACGGCACAGGGCAAACAAGCACUACAAAGACUAAGUGCGGCACCGGCCAACUGGGCAUGCGAGACUAUCACGGCACGAGCCAGUUUUUUUCUAGAGUUUUAGUACUGAAGCUUUAAUUUUGACUUGUUAAUUAAAUGAUUUUUAACUAUGUGACUCGUACCAUAUAUACUAUAAAAUGUGUUUGUUUAAAAAUAAAUUUCAGAGCUGUGUUCUCUGCUGGAUCCAAUAUUGCAGCACUGAACGGUGGGAGGAAAGGACUCUUGUAAAUGAGUCAUCUGGAGCAUUGUACAAUCCUGCCAAGUUCCUGCCUCAUCCUGAUCCACGCGUACCCGCCACAGUUGAUCGGUGGCUGUGGUCUUGCGCUGCUGAGCUUGAGGUCGCGGAUUCGAUCCCACCCACAGCAGCCCCAUUUCGAUGGGGGCAAAAUGCAAAACAUUCUCGUGUACAUACAUUUAGGUGCCAGGAGGCCAAAAUAAAUGUG